GAGUAUGAGAAAACGAUUAAAAGUUAUAUUGGAAAGCAAUUUGGUAUAAGUUUAAAUAAAUAUUUUAAAACCAAUAGUCAAGUAAUAUUUUUAUAAAUCUAUGAGUAAGAUCGAAACUAGAGGAUACACUCACGAUCUUCAGAUAAAUCACAAGCGGUAUUUAGAUCUCUUGAAGCAAGAAUUUGUGCAAAGAUACAGCAGACCCGAAGAAUAUGAACCAAAAUCGGUUGAAGAUUUUGAUAAAAUUUCAACUAUUGGAACAGGUGCAUUUGGAACUGUCUUCUUGGUGCGAGAAAAGUCUUCUUUUGUGUAUCACGCCAUGAAAGCAGUCGAGAAAGCUGCUGUAGUGAAAAAGAAAAGUAUCAAGCAACUGCUAUUAGAGAAGAAAAUAUUACAGGGAGUCAAUUUUCCAUUUGUAAUCUCGCUCGAUUACUGCUGUAAAGACAACGUAUACAUUUACCUUUUGUUGCCUUAUCAACCUGGUGGUGAGAUCUAUAGUCUGAUUAAGAGAUUGGGUGUACUAUCUGAACCACUGGCACAGUUUUAUGCAGCGCAAAUGGUACUGGCGUUGGAGUACCUCCAUCAUUGUAACGUUAUUCAUAGAGAUGUCAAGCCAGAAAAUAUAUUGAUAUGUGGAACAGGGUUUAUAAAAUUAGCAGAUUUCGGAUUCUGCAAGAUUUUGAAAUCGCGAACAUGGACUUUGUGUGGCACACCAGAAUAUUUAGCUCCAGAAAUAAUAACGUCAAAGGGAUACACGUAUUCUGUGGAUUGGUGGUCUAUGGGUGUUCUAAUUUAUGAAAUGGUUGCUGGGUACCCCCCUUUCUACAGUUCUGAUCCGAUGAAAUUGUAUGAAAAAGUGCUUGCUGGUCAAUUUAAGACACCAGACGUAAUGACACCGGUUUGCAAGUCGUUAGUCAAGAGCUUAUUAGAAGUAGACCCCUCAAAACGUUUAGGGUCCCUUAAGGCUGGCGUUUUCGAUAUUAAAAGCCAUAAGUGGUUUUUUGAAUCAAAUUGGAAUUCGAUACUACAUCUAAAAGUAAUUCCGCCUUACAUACCUGUCUGUAAAAACUCUGGCGAUAUUGGAAAUUUCCCAGAGUUUGAUGAUAGUAAGCUUAUGAAGUCUGAUAAAUGUUUGUAUGCGAAGGAAUUUGAGGACUUUUAA